AUGGACACCGAAGAGCACGGAUCCGACUCCGAUGGCAGCGAACACAAGCUGUCGCUCACCUCUACGGCGACCACCGAUUCCGUGGCGUUACCGCAGAAGCGAUUCUACCGACAAAGAGCUCAUUCAAACCCAAUCGCCGACCACUGCUUCGAGUACCCAUCGGAUCCGUUGUCCAUGGAUUGGUCCGCACAUUACCCAACCGUAGACUUGGGCGACAGUCGAGGCGUGGAGUUCGCGGACAUCGGGUGCGGAUACGGAGGACUACUGAUCCAAUUGUCUCCGAUGUUUCCCAAGACAUUGAUGUUGGGGAUCGAGAUUCGGGUGAAAGUGUGUGACUUCGUGUGCGACCGGAUCCGCGCCUUAAGACAACAGAAUGGCGGCGCAAACGCCUACCAAAACAUAAGUUGUUUGCGAAGCAAUGCCAUGAAGUAUAUGCCGAACCUCUUCAGCAAAGGACAGUUGACUAAAAUGUUUUUCCUCUUCCCUGACCCGCACUUCAAGAGACAGAAGCAUAAGUGGAGAAUCAUAUCACAGCAGUUGCUGUCGGAGUACGCCUACUGUAUGGCCAUCGAUGGCCGCGUCUAUAUCGCCACUGAUGUCCAACAGCUGUACGACUGGAUGACUGACCACUUGACGAGACACCCGUUGUUUGAGUGCUUGGAUGAGUCCGAGAGAGACAGCGAUCCCAUUGUUCCCAAACUCUUUGACGCCACAGAAGAGGGACAGAAAGUGACCCGAAAUGGCGGACAAAAGUUUGUCGCCGUUUAUCGUAGAGUUGCCGACAGUUUUGUGAAUCAAUGA